CAUGCAUGAGAGGGGGAAGCUGCAAGGGAAGCUUGGCACAGCUGAGGGGAUCUCUGCACGGGAGGGGGCCUGUUGGCAGCAGAGUUGGGUCUGGUUUGGUCACUGGGGUGACUGCCUGGGCUGCACUGACAUUAAUCCCCACUGAGAGUGACUGGCACACAGGAGGGGAGCAUCAGGUGCACUGUUCUCAGUGCAAAUCAAAACCGUUUUCUCAUGUUCUGUUGACCUGUGUGACACCUGGUGAGGGAGGAGCUGGCUCAGCUGACUGGCACUUGACAAGCUUCUGUCUGUCCCUUGGAGGCUGUGCUAGAAAACAGCGCAGUCCUUCCUGGCUGAAGACCCAACCUGGCAAGAGGACGGUGCAGUCUAGCAGUUUGGAGUGGGUGUCUCUUUUCCCAGCUCUGCUGUUGAUUCACGUGUGACCUGGGGCAGAUCAUUCCAUCUCCCUGAGCCUCUGCCUCCCCAUCUGUGAAAUGGAGGAGGGACCUGACUGCCAUGCGCGUAGCGGUGAUUGGGGCGGGGGUGAUCGGGCUGUCCACAGCCUUGUGCAUCUACGAUCAGCAUCACUCGGUCGUCCAGCCCCUGGAAAUUGAGGUCUAUGCUGACCGGUAUACGCCACUCACCACCAGCGAUGGAGCAGCAGGGCUCUGGCAGCCCUACGUGGACGAUAAGAGAAACGCUCAAGAAACGCUCUGGAACAAAGAGACAUUUGAUUACCUGUGUGGACACCUGAACUCACCGGAAGCAGAGGAAAUGGGACUCUUCCCAAUUUCUGGCUACAAUCUCUUUACACAGCCAGUUCCGGACCCACCUUGGAAGGACAUUGUCCUGGGAUUUAGGAAUCUGACAGCAAAAGAGCUUGAACUCUUCCCUGGUUACAGCUAUGGUUGGUUUAACACAGCACUAAUCUUAGAGGGCAAGAGCUAUUUGCCUUGGCUUACCAAGAGGUUAAAGCAGAGAAGAGUCAAGUUUUUUCAUAAGAAGAUUGAAUCCUUCCAUGAGAUGGCUGCCAAGGGUGUGGAGGUUAUAAUAAACUGUACUGGGGUCCGUGCAGGGGAACUGCAACCAGACCCAGGGUUAAUGCCAGGCCGAGGACAAAUCAUAAAGGUCCUGGCCCCUUGGGUGAAGCAUUUCGUCAUGACUCAUGAUCUUGAAUCUGGAAUCUAUAACUCACCAUACAUUGUACCUGGGAGCAAGCUAGUGACCUUGGGAGGGAUAUUUCAGCUGGGAAACUGGAACGAAGAGAACAGCCCCCAGGAUCACAAAGCAAUUUGGGAAAAUUGCUGCAAGCUGCUCCCUAGUCUCCAGAAGGCAAAGAUUGUGGAUGAAUGGAGUGGCUUCCGCCCUGUGCGCUACACAGUUCGGUUGGAGAGAGAGGCAAUUCGUCAUGGACCUUUAAAAUCAGAGGUGAUACACAACUAUGGCCACGGUGGUUUCGGACUCACCAUCCACUGGGGAUGUGCCAUGGAAGCCGCCAGGAUCUUCGGAAGGAUUCUGGAAGAAAAGAAGCUGGCCCGACCACCACAGUCCCAUCUUUGAUUUAACAGAAAUAUUCUGAUGAUCAUUCACAUUUUUUCCAUGGCAAAUCUGCGAUAGGCCAACAGCAAUAGCAGAGGACGGAUGGGAAGAAACUGUUGGUUGUGUGCAGCAGUCACAUGUCCAACAAUAGCACCAGUAGCUAGGAAGUCACAGGGCAAAGGCAAAAAUAAAUAACUCAGUAAUGCAUGUUCUCUGUUUGAUGCCCUCAGUAGCUCCAAGACUGGUCUCUAGGGUACAGUUUUCGGAUUGUUACCAAUUAACUCCCUGUUGCUACUGUUUGCCAGGCAGCUGGCUCAUCCUUGCUCUGUUCAUAUAAACUACACCAUGGAAACAUAAAUAAAACCUGUGUUAUUGUA